AUGCUGCACCGUCUACCCACAGAACUUGCGUUGCAUAUCCUCGCACACAUCCCGCUCAAAAGCCUUGCCAACUCGGCUGCCGUGUCGAAGGAAUGGAGUCAGCUUGUUAGCAUCAACGAGCUCCAGAUCUACCGGAACGCGGCGGUCCUCCACGGCUUCGUACCACCCCAGGCGACUGUCGAUGCCGACAUUGCUUCCAAGGCGGGUGGAUGGAAGGAGCUCUGUAAACGCGUCUUGCAGUACGAACGCAGCUGGCGCGGACACGCUCCAGUCACCCCAAAAGAACUGUCGGCGGGUGGAAAGUCGGUACAUCGCAUCAAGGUCGAUGAAGAGCGCAGAAUUGUCAUCACCACCAUCCAACGAGGAGGACUGUAUGUCACCGACCUGGACACUAACAUCGUCCUUUGGUCUCUACCGCGGGGGUACAUCGCGGAGUUUGUACAUUGCGAGUACGAAUGUGGUUUUCUCGUGUUCACGCGCCCAGAUAGCUGCUACGAAGUGUGGUGCGCGGUCGACCGUACGGACGUCCAGCCUUCUGAAAUAUUUCCUCCAAACGACUUUCAGGAUCAAAUCGCACAAGUUGCUGGUGCGACCCAUGUCACCAGCCCGGCUAGGGCACGCUUCAGACCACAUGCCCUGCUCCGUUGCCCUGAACCCACUCGCGCGCUACGCCUCUCGUACCCAACUCUUUUCGUCGCAGGCACGAACUCGGCAUUUCUCUGGGAUAUCGUUUCGGGAACCCUGGUGCAAACCCUCACCGAGCUUCAGCGACGGCCUGGUAAUCUCGGCAUCGUUCGGUACGUCGAGGUUACCCCGGACUAUGCCAUUAUAUGCGGCUCGGAGUCGUUCCGAAUGUUCUCGCGUGAAGACGGCUCGGUCGCGUUUAUGCUCCAGCAGGAUGACUUCCCAAAGUCGAAAAGACGUGUAAUGCCAGCGGAGAACACAGCCCACGAGCUUGCCCCGAUGAAAAUUGGACCGGCGGCGAGGACAAGUGGCUCUGAAGAGUUCAUGGCAGGUAAACCCCUGUUUCUCGGUGUUUAA